CUCAGUAUGAGUUCUUCAUCCCCAACGCUGCCCGCCGAGACAAUCUAUGAUAUCGUAUCGAUUGUAGUUGUCCAAUACCUAGACGAACUCCUCGAGCCGUCCCAGCCAACGACGAAAGGAAGCAACAAGGACCCUGGACUGACGAAAAAUAACCCAGUACUACCCUUCCUCAUUGUAUCGCUUCAAUUUCGUCAAGUCACGCUGGAGGUGUUGUCUGAUAUCCUCAGCAUCCCACUGCGCAAGGAAGGUACCUGGCGACUGGAGAGCAAACCAUGGACGAAGAUCAAUCCCGUUCGCAAGUUCUGCGCGACUUCGGUCGAGUUCGAGGCGCCUACCCUAGCUGAGGUGACUAAAUUUGUUGAUAGCGUCAAAUCAGACGUGUUGGCGGUGUAUGUCAUGCUGCACGCAGUGAAUAGGAUCAUGGACAAACUGCAGCGUUGUGCCGUACAGGCAGUGCCCAGCUUACAUGGGUUAAAUCAGCUUGAGGAUGUCGGCGCAGCUAAAACCCUGGUUAUGGACAGGUUGCCUGUCUAUUUACCGCGCUGCCCUUCGGCAUUUCAAUCGCUGAUACAACAGCCCAUGAAAGCGUGUCUAAUUGGUGUCCUCAUUGCACAGGGGUAUGACACACCACUCUCGAUUUUGAGGAUACAAUGGGCUCAGUGCUCAGCAGAAGCUGUACGUGGCGUUGCUUCAGAGGCCUCCUUGUCUGCUAUGGCGAAGACUAUUCGCAACGCCAGGCAAAACGAUGCGUUCGUGUUCAGACAAUGGAGGUUUAAUACCCCUUUCAACCAGGCCAUUGGGGCUCCACGGUUUAGAAGCUGGUUCCUCCUUCUGAGCCAUCUGAGCAGUAUACGUGGCAGCUCGAACGGGGCAGCAGAGGUGAAAGAAGUGGCAGUACAGCUCCGUGACCUCUUCGCAGGACGGCUCCUGGACAUGGGCGUUCCUCUAGUCACAGAUCCUUCAGAUGUGGAGCAGCUAAUAUUGCAGCUAACACUCGCACAUCCGUGACACGUGUACUAUCUGCGUUCGAGCGAUUCGCCAAUGCGCUGCGGUCAAUAAAUUUGUACUAG